AUGCUAGCAACCGCCAACAUUGGCCUCGGCUGGUCCAUCGCCAACGUCUCAACCUCCGGCCUCAAAGACAUAACCUUCCCAAUGGCCAUUCCGCGCGCCAAACACGAAAACGGAUUGUACUUCGCGCAGCAGUUCGGCUUCGUCGGCGUCGACGACGUCGGCUACACGGGUCUCCAGCCGCGAUCCGAUACCGCGAACGGGACUAGUAUCGUACACGCUGUGUUCUCGAGCUUCGUCGCUGGCACGACGACUUCGGAUUCCGAGCACUGCAGUGGUGGCGCCGAUGGUGGUCCGGGGGUUAGUUGUGCCGUUGAUGUCCCCGCGCCGUAUUCACGGCCGUAUAACCUUGUUAUCAAGAAUACCCACGGGACGACCUGGACCGGAACCCUUGUCGAUGCGGUCGCGGGCAACGCGACGCAUAUCGGUACAUACACGCUCCCCGCUGGAACCGGUGGAAUCCAGUCCUCUCAACUUGGUUUUGUCGAGUAUUUCCUGUUUAACUCGGAGACGGGAGGUGGAUGUGGCAAGAUGCCCAAGGCAGAUGCGACGUUUUGGGCGCCGAGGACGAAUACUUCGGGUUUAGGUGUGGGGAAGUUGGGAAAGCCCUAUCCGUAUGGGGAUUGUGCGGAGGAGGGAGGCUUUGAGGCGAGUCGAGUUGGGGGUGGGGGGUAUAGGGCUAGGAUUGGAUUUGUUUAG